UAGUCUGUUGUAUGUGCACACAUCAGCAUGACUCUAAUGUCUGUAUUAAUGGAUGCUUAGGAGGUAUCUGUACGCAUUGCAAGACGGCCUGGCUUGCAGGUCCAGUGCCUGUCUCACCACCACAGGAGGGUAAGUUAGGAGAGCAGAGCCGCUUCUUUUCUCUCUCUCUCGGGCGUUCAAAACGGAGCCUCUAACAGCGUUCGUGCAACAAUGAGCUCGGGACAGCCGAGCGACAAUGAGGAGCAGCGCGCCGCCAGCGUCCCCGAGCUGGAAGAUGAGAAGGAGGACAGCGAUGAGUACAGGGGCCCCACGAGACCGUCAUAUCCGCAAGCGGGCAGCGAGAGUGCCGGGGUGCAGGGCAGCUCCAGGCUCGAGUUGGCCGGAGACGACGGGACGGGCUCGAGGUGCAGGGUCUCGAGCGCAUGCGACUCUCUUUUCUCGUGGAUCUACAGGAGUACAGUCCGCAGGGGGCCGCUCGUAGACCCGGCUCGAGAUCAGUACCGUACCAUGACACGGCUUUAUUCGUCCAUGAGUCCGGCUGCGGAUUCGGUGAACCUUAGUACACAAACCCACGGUGCUGUCUUUAACUUGGAGUACUCUCCGGACGGGUCGGUUUUGACAGUUGCUUGUGAGCAGACAGAGGUGCUUUUGUUCGACCCCAUUUCUUCCAGACAUAUCAAAACACUGGUGGAGGCUCACGAGGACUGUGUAAACAACAUAAGGUUUCUUGAUAACCGACUGUUUGCGACCUGCUCUGACGAUACCACUAUUGCAUUGUGGGACUUGCGGAAACUCAACUCGAAGGUGUGCACAUUGCAUGGCCACGCCAGCUGGGUCAAGAACAUAGAGUAUGACACGCACACUCGUCUGCUUGUCACAUCUGGAUUUGAUGGAAAUGUCAUCACCUGGGAUACCAACAGGUUCACAGAAGAAGGCUGCCCCCACAAGAAGUUUUUCCACACACGCUAUCUAAUGCGGAUGCGUCUGACUCCAGACUGCAGUAAGAUGUUGAUCUCCACAUCCUCUGGUUACCUGCUCAUCUUACAUGACCUUGACCUCACCCAGAGCCUUGAGGUCGGCAGCUACCGCAUCCUACGGGCCCGCAGAGCUCCGCUCAGCACAGGUUCAUCAGCAGGUUCCAGGUCAGGAGGUACUCGUCAUACUGGUGACAGCAAAGUCCAUCCACACAGAGAGGGUAAAGGUUUGUCAGCCAGAAACAGUCUAGAAGUUUUAACUCCAGAGAUCCCAGGUGAGAGGGACCGUGGAAAUUGCAUCACCUCCUUGCAACUGCAUCCAAAGGGCUGGGCCACAUUGCUGCGAUGUUCCAGCAACAUGGACGACCAGGAGUGGACGUGUGUGUAUGAGUUUCAAGAGGGAGCCCCACCUCGACCCCCAGUGUCUCCUCGCUGCUCUCUGCGCCUCACGCACUACAUUGAGGAGGCCAACGUCGGCCGUGGCUACAUUAAGGAGCUGUGCUUCAGCCCUGAUGGACGGCUCAUUUGCUCGCCUUAUGGUUAUGGUGUGCGCUUGCUGGCCUUCGAUGAGAACUGUGCAGAGCUGGUGGACUGUAUGCCUGUACGGACGGCUCUGCUGCGGGAGGUCCGCUCCAUCUACUCUCACAGCGAUGUGGUGCUCACCACAAAGUUCUCGCCCACUCACUGUCAGUUCGCAUCUGGCUGCCUCAGUGGACGUGUCGCUUUGUACCAACCACACUUUUAACCAUGAACAUUGAAAUUGAUUGUUAACUAUUUCUUGGACUUUGAAGAGGUUGCAAGUGGCAGAGGUAUUUAAUAGGUCAGACAAAUGUUGAUGGUGCAUAUUGGGAGAAGUAAACUACCUUAAGCUGUGUGUCGGGUCACAGCAUUGUGUGUGCAUGUGUAUGACCUUGUACAAGCGAGUUUGUCAUUUUCAGAUGUAAUUGUUCUUUACACUGUGUAAACAUUUAAAACUUAUCAAUGUGCAGUAUGUAAAGAAAACAGCAUUUAAUUUUUUUCAUUUUUGGAGGUUGAAUGUGGUCAGUCACAGAUGUGAGCAUUACGCUGUUUCCUAACCAGGAAAGAAGUUGCAAGCGCUAAAACGCUGUUCCAAAUAAACAAAGCCAAAACAGGUUGCGAAUCAACGAAA